AUGGACGAGACGAGACAGCCUAGAGUGGAGCCGAUUCGGAGAAGAGUAAGAUGUGCAAUUAGGGAGCGGGGGGGGGAAUACUCACAGCAGCUUAGCAUCGUGGAGGAGGCCGUGGCUGCGCACGCCUACGCACCGCCUACGCGUCACAAUAGUUGGUCCACUGUGAACGCUGCUCGUCUCUUCCUGUUGGCGGAAAGUCUUGACUGUUCCACCGCCGCCGCCGUCACAUCAUGGUGCGUUGACUUUCUGAAGCCUUCUGGGUGGGUGGGCGAAGUUGAUGAGGUGUUGAAGCUGCGCGCCAUCUUCUCCUCCUGGCUGGCUUGGCACCGCACCCUCCGCAGCAGCAGCAGCAGAAGAAGGCAGGAAACAUCGGGCUGA